ACCUCGUCAGCUGUUGUCCUGGUGUGAAAGUCUAUAAUCCUCACCAAAAAUGCAGCCCCAUGCCUAACUCCUGUGUACACACAGAGCGUAUUCUGUGGAAUAGUAAGUGUCGUCAUUUUCAAUUUUAUGAAUGUAUUUUUGAAAUGUUAAAGGCAAAUUGUAGUACAGUAACAAAAAUGUAUCCCUCUACCAAUACACAACUAAGCUCGGGCCCUGGGUCUGAACGCCACCCUGUGCAACUGGGUCCUGGACUUCCUGAUGGGCAGACCCCAGGUGGUGAAGAUAGGAAACAACACCUCUGCUACGCGGAUCCUCAACACGGGUGUGUGCUCAGCACCCUCCUGUAAUCACUGUUCACCCAUGACUGCCAUGCAUGUAUCCAACUCAAUUCAAGUUUGCAGAAGACAACUGUGGUAGGCCUGAUUUACCUAUGAUGAGACACACUUUCCUGUCUACAGGGAAGUAUCUUCAAUGUUGACCAAACGAAGGAGCUGAUCGUGGAUUUCAGGAGAUACUGUAGCAGAGGGAGCACACCCUCAUUGGAGACGGUGGAAAAGCUUCAAAGUUCCUCAGUGUGCAUAAAACAUGAAAUGGUCCAUCCCAACAGACACUGGCGAAGAAGGCGCAACAGUGCCUCUUCAAUCUCAGGAGGCUGAAGAAAUGUGGCUUGGCCCUGCAGAGACCGUACAGGUGCAUCAAAGCUGGGAUUGAGAGAUAGAAGCUGUUUUUUUCAAUUUGCUCUAGCAGUUGUCUGUUCAGUUUGUCCUUCUGCUGUUUGAAAAUUUUGCAAAAAUAUCCACAGAGUAGUGUUAACCUUUUUGUUGUGUAUUUCUGUUUUUUAUUUUCAAUACUGACGCAAAAUCGAACCUAACACUUGCACAGUAUGGCCGAGCCUAAUUGAACCACAGCCCAAAUGGCUUUAACGUCCAGCUGAUUUGCGAAGAAAGCUUUGGUCAACUACUUUGGUUAUGUUCGGCUAUUGUGUACAUAUUGUGCAAUAAGUCAAGAGAUUGAAAAUACAAGUGACAGAACCUACCGGCCCUCAAAAAGUAAGGGGAACAACACUUUCCUGAGGAUACCCUAUUUCAACCUACCACCAAAAGGACCAACAGCAUGUACAACCGCUACCUCAUAUCAUUUUAUUCAACAUUCUGUCUUAUAGUCUAUCUUUUUUUUUUUACAGUGACUUCUUUCAGAGUGAUAUCAUGGUAACAGUCUGAUGUUUAGGGAACUGCCCUAUGUACAUGGUCAUUGAAUACUGGUCAUUUUAAUAAUGUUUACAUAGCGUUUUACCCACUUAUGUAAAUACCGUAUUCUAGUCAUCUUAGAUACACCUUCUCUAUACUGUCCAUAAUGUCUAUACACACAAUUUAUGUAGGCUACAGAUAUUUAUAUUCCGGACUCUGACAUUGCUCGUUUUAAUAUUAAUAUAUUUAUUCAUAUUUUUGGGGAUUUGUGUGUAUUGUUCGGUAUUACUGCACUGUUGGAGCUAGGAACGCAAGCGUUUCUGAUUCACAUCUGCAAAAUAUGUGUAACCGGCCAAUAGUAUUUUAUUUGAUACACACAGACAUCUAGCUGACUCUUUUACCCCCAACCACUUCACACGCACACACUAAGAUUGAGAGAAAACGUAACCCGCUCACCCACCCUAAUCUAAUUUGCAUACAAAAACUAACCUUUGUCCUCCCGUGAAUGCCCAGCUUCCGCUUGACAGGUAAAUCCCCUGACGUCUCCAACUUCAGAGGACCUUUUUCAUGAAAAUACAAAAUAAAGACUUAGGCCUGUCUCUUAUCCUCCAAGAAAUUGCCUAUAUCUGGACAAAUAUACUGCAACAGUAUGUGUGGUUUCGAUAAGGAGAAGGGUCCGGGGUGGCUGAUGAAGAAGGGGUUUACUCUGAUCCUAGUGGGCCACAUCAACUUCAUCCUGGGAGCCAUCGUUCACGGUAGCAUUUUGCGUCACAUCUCCAAACCCAACGACCAGAUCACCACCGAGUUCACAGCAGCCAACAUCAUCUCUGUCACUUCUGGACUGCUGAGCAUUGCAACAGGAAUCAUUGCCAUAUUGGUGUCAAGAAAUCUGCCAGUUUGGAAACUGCACAUAGGUCUUCUGAUUAGUUCCUUCCUGAAUGCCCUACUCUCUGCGGCCUGCGGCGUCGGGCUCCUAUUGGCUAUUAGCCUCACAAUUACCAACGAGGGGCGGGGCCUCAUGAUGGGCUGCAACUUCACUGACCAGCCAAUCAACGCCCGCUCGCCAGUCAACGCGGACUGCCCCUUCGACACCACACGGAUAUAUGACACUACCCUGUCUCUAUGGUUCCCAUGUGUUCUGCUGGCAGGACUGGAAACCGGACUGUCCAUCUGGUGCUUCGUAGUGGGACUGGUACUGAGGGGUCUAGGGCCCUGCUCACACGCAUACCUCAAAGAACAGCUGGAGGAAGAGGCUCUGACCAAUAGGGCAGCAGCAGAUCCAGAGUACUCACCCCAAGGCCAAAGCCUGAUUGGAUAGAGGACUGCCACAGUCAUGUCGAUCUACGGAAGUAACUAAUACCUCCUCUCUCAUGCUCUCUUCCCAACAUUUGUUUAAUGGCAAAAGUGAUGACUGAACCUCGUCCUCUUCAGAGAACCUCCCCGAUGCCACUCAUACCAAAGACUCUCCUCUCCCUCUCAGUGAGCGUCUAGACUGUAAGAUGACCAUGUCUCUGUAUUUGUUCACGUCUGCUGAGAAUGUCAACCCUCCCAUUGAUCCGCCAACAACAUUUCACAAAUGCCAAAUGACAAACGCCUUUAGUGUAGAGGUUAUUCAUGGGAUCAAUAUCCUCGUUAUAGUAUUCCGCUAUGAUCAUGGAAAUUAUUGUAUUUAAUCACAUUUGGCAUUUAUCAUGCCGUUAUGCCUAAAAAUCCUAGCUGCAUUUUAUUCUGAUUUAUGGGCAAUUCACGAUAUACUUUGUUUUACAAUUAAAGGUCAAAUGCACUGCAUUUCAAACAGUCGGCAAGAAUCUAAUGUAUUCGGGGCUUGUGAAGUUAUACCAAGGCUAAAUAUAAACCUUCCACAAGACCCGCUAAUAUUGUUUAACCUGCUUUUUGCAAUAAUCACUGAUCUGGCUUUGAAUAUGCCCUUUUUGUUACAGUUAACCCGAACCAUGCAUAAUGCACAUUCACUUAUAAUGACUAACUUCUUGUAGCAGGCAUUAUAGAAAAUUAACACUUGUCUCAUAAACAAUCUCUCAAGCACAAGCCCACGUGCUACUGAGUAACCAGCUAAUCUUUAUAUUUCAAGUUUAGCCAACUUGAAUCUAUUUGCUGACAAAGUAGAACAGUUUGUUCUACCUUGUUAUGAACACACCCUUCUGUCCAUCUCCUAACUGUUUGAACGGCAUGCUAGCCUGUCGGAUAUUGAAAUCAAGUGGUCUACCUUAUUUCUCAAAAUGAGAAUGAAUAUUACUGCACAUUUCUAAAACACAGACUAGACAGCUAAUAUAACAGUCUUUGGCUAAAAUGCUGCUAGAGGUACGUGGUACUGCAAUGCAGCGCAUGACAAACUGAGCAUUCAUUUUCCAAAAUUGAUACUCCCGUUUUAGUAGUCUGCUCUCGUGCAAUUUGAGGAGUUGAAAUGCAAAUAGUGACUAGCAAGUUGAAGCCACUUGUCACAGGUUGAAUGAAGUGAUCUCUUGUCUUUGUUGUUGUGAGUGACUUGGUGUGUGUGUAAAUGUUAAGGUGCACAGUCACAGCAGAUGGAGCGAAGAAAACGAGACCAAAAAGGCAUGAAAACAAGAGGACAUAAACACUCAUAAAAACUAAAAAUAAACAUACUUUUUGCGAUACAGGCAUUUGGAAUAUCGCGCAAAAACACUAAUUUGAAUUAAUUCAAUAUAAUCGCCCAGCCCUACUUGAUAUAUGUAGGAAUAUAGCAAUAGCCUGUCCGAGAAGGGCUCUGUGGUUCAAUAUCAACUGUCUUGAAUUGCAUCCUCUCCUAUAUCCCCCAGUUUUUUUCCUGAUGGUGCAUAUGAAGGAAAGGAAACGGGGAGAGGAAACCACUUUAGAGUACUGAGACGCGUCCUAAGAGUUUGUUUCAGGCGUAGCUGGGGUGGGCUCUCAUUCCCCAACACCAGGCAGAAGCGAUCAGCUCAGCGCUGAUGCGGUUAAUCUGGGGCUGGGUUAAAUUGAGCCUGGUGUAAUCUUUGCAUGCAAGGCUAAUCCCCCAAACUGGGGAAAAUCUAUAUUGACAUAAGGAGGUGACUGACACUAUAAAGCGGGUUACCUGUGCGUGCCCGGCUAAAGGUUGUCCCUCCAGGGCUGCUGUAUGUUGUUGAUACUACAGUAGUAAUACUACAAUGUGGUUUUGGAGUGAUAAGUUAAUGUAAGGCUAAUCAUCAAGAUGAGCUGGAUUUCAGAGUUUAAACCCUGGUGGGUUGUCUGAAUUGUGCUCUAUCGGAAUGUGGUUCAUUAAUGUUUUGUGUAUAAGAGUUGUCAAUAUCCUAUUUAUUCAGUAAAUUAAGUUAAUUUCAAUUCAGUUUUAAUCUUUUUUUACAUUUUUAAGCAUGAGUGGAAUUUAAUUUCACCUCCUGAAAAACUGAAUUGAUCUACAUUUAAUGAUGUACGGUUGAAGUCGGAAGUUUAUAUACACCUUAGCCAAAUGCAUUUAAACUCAGUUUUUCACAAUUCCUGACUGAUUUAAUCCUAGUAAAAAUUCCCUGUCUUAGGCCAGUUAGGAUCACCACUUUAUUUUAAAAAUGUGAAAUGUCAAAAUAAUAGUGAGAAUUAAUUAUUUCAGCUUUUAUUUCUCUCAUCACAUUCCCAGUGGGUCAGAAGUUUUACAUGCACUCAAUUAGUAUUUGGUAGCAUUGCCUUUAAAUAGUUCAACUUGGGUCAAACGUUUGGCGGUAGCCUUCCACAAGCUUCCCACAACAAGUUGGGUUAAUUUUGGCCCAUUCCUCCUGACAGAGCUGGUGUAACUGAGUCAGGUUUGUAGGUCUCUUUGCUCGCAAGGGCUUUUUCAGUUCUGCCCACAAAUAUUCUAUAGGAUUGAGGUCAGGUCUUUGUGAUGGCCACUCCAAUACCUCGACUUUGUUGUUCUUAAGCCAUUUUGCCACAACUUUGGAAGUAUGCUUGGGGUCAUUGUCCAUUUGGAAGACCCAUUUGUGACCAAGCUUUAAAUUCCUGACUGAUGUCUUGAGAUGUUGCUUCAAUAUAUCCACAUAAUUUUCCUACCUCAUGAUGCCAUCUAUUUUGUGAAGUGCACCAGUCCCUCCUGCAGCAAAGCACCCCCACAACAUGAUGCUUCCAGCCCCGUGCUCUUCGGCUUGCAAGCCUCUCUCUUUUCCCUCCAAACAUAAUGAUGGUCAUUAUGACCAAACAGUUCUCUUUGUUUCAUCAGACCAGAGGACAUUUCUCCAAAAAGUAUGGUCUAUGUCCCCAUGUGCAGUUGCAAACCGUAGUCUGGCUUUUUAAUUAUGGUUUUGGAGCAGUGGCUUCUUCCUUGCUGAGUGGCCUUUCAGGUUAUGUCGAUAUAGGACUUGUUUUUACUGUGGAUAUAGAUACAUUUGUACCUGUUUCCUCCAACAUCUUCACAAGGUCCUUUGCUAUUGUUCUGGGACUGAUUUGUGCUUUUCGCACCAAAAUACAUUAAUCUCUAGGAGACAGAACGCGUCUCCUUCCUGAGCGGUAUGACGGCUGCUUGGUCUCAUGGUGUUUAUACUGGCGUACUAUUGUUUGUACAGAUGAACGUGGUACCUUCAGGUGUUUGGAAAUUGCUCCCAAGGAUGAACCAGACUUGUGGAGAUCUACAAUUUAUUUUCUGAGGUCUUGGAUGAUUUCUUUUGAUUUUUCCAUGUCAAGCAAAGAGGCACUGAGUUUGAAGGUAGGCCUUGAAAUACAUCCACAGGUACACCUCCAAUUGACUCAAAUGAUGUCAAUUAGCCUUUCAGAAGCUUCUAAAUCCAUGACAUAAUUUUCUGGAAUUUUCCAAUCUGUUUAAAGGCACAGUCAACUUAGUGUAUGUAAACUUCUAACCCACUGGAAUUGUGAUACAGUGAAUUAUAAGUUAAUAAUCUGUCUGUAAACAAUUCUUGGAAAAAUUACUAUUGUCAUGCACAAAGUAGAUGUCCUAACCGACUUGCCAAAACUAUAGUUUAACAAGAAAUUCGAGGAGUUGUUGAAAAACUAGUUUUAAUGACUCCAACCUAAGUGUAUGUAAACUUCCAACUUCAACUGUGAUGGUUUUU